UGAACACCAAUAGGAUCGGAAGCUUUUGCGGCUAGAUGAACAACGGGACAAGCUUCAUGGCUUCGUGGCGUCAGGUCUGCUCCGGCAGCUCAUCUAUGCUACGUAGAAGUGGAUGGAAGAGAGAGAGGAUGGUGAAAACUUGAAAGAGAGAGCGUGGAGAUGAGAGGAGAGAAACGAAUUUGAUCCACAACAAAAUAGUGAGCUUGUCUCUUCUAAUCGUACAGUCCGUUUUGCUCUGUGGUCUUGUUCCUAUUUCUUUUAACGCGAUUCAAUCCGUGUUUGUUUGUUUUGCAUGUUCAUUUGUGUCAUCUGGGCAUUCACGGCAAAACAGGGAGGAUGGAUGACGGCCAACAGUACUGCUUACGAUGGAACAAUUAUCAAAGCAAUAUGACAUCAGUGUUUCACCAAUUACUUCAAAAUGAAGCUUUCGUUGAUGUUACGUUAGCCUGCAAUAACUUAUCCCUCAAAGCUCAUAAGGUAGUGUUAUCUGCCUGUUCGUCGUAUUUUCAAAAGCUGUUAUUAGAAAAUCCUUGUAAGCAUCCGACGAUAAUAAUGCCUCAAGAUGUCGGUUACGCCGACUUGAAAUUUAUCAUCGAAUUCGUCUACAAGGGGGAAAUCGACGUAUCUCAGGCUGAACUCCAGUCUCUGCUACGAACUGCGGACCAAUUAAAGAUCAAAGGCUUGUGUGAAUCGCCCGACGACAAAGAAUAUUCCGAAUUACCUCUGGCUGCUCUCAGUACUAAGGGUGACAAGAAUUCACCGACGUCAACACAAUUCAAGUUACAAGACAAUAAUCCUUCAGUUAACAACAAAAGACCGGCUUCGCGACAAGAAACACCUUCUGCCACGAAUGAAGCUGAACCUGAAGAUAAAGAAGACGACACAGAGGACCAAUCGACGGAAAACGAAGAAAAUGAUAUGCCAGUAGCUUUGGAUGAACGCAAACGAAAAAGGCCAAACCCGCCGGAGCAGACGAAACCUCUAAACAUGAGCAGCCAUGGCCUCCUCUCCGGACAGACAAUCUUCUCCCAGUUUGGAGUGGACACCGAUGAUUUCCCGCCAGAACCUCCCGCUCCUUCAGCCAUCCCCGUUGGUCAUAUGGAUAUGUCCAACGUUGAACAUUCACCCACUCGAACCCUACUCACCACUCCGAUCCAUCGAAUAGACAUUUCCGAUUCCACCAAGUACACGUUGGACAUCAAGAAAGAGGCUGACAUCAAGUUCGAAACUUUACGGUCCUAUGAUCAAGACAGUUUGCUGGAUAUGGAGUCUCAUAUGUCUGGUCCGGACCAUUCGAUGGAUAGUCAUGAGGAUGGUGAUAGAAGCAUGCACCAAGGAGUGAUGGGACAAGGUGAUUUCGGAGGGAUGUUAGCUGGAGUUUCCAAUAGAUUAGAUGUAAAUAGUAGUGAAGACCAAGUACCUGGAAUUAAAACUAAUGGCCAUUCCGAAAAUACGCAGCGGUCGCAUACAGGUGGGGGACCGAAAACGUGGACUCAGGAAGAUAUGGACAUGGCUUUAGAUGCCUUAAGAAAUCACAAUAUGAGCCUUACCAAGGCUUCUGCAACUUAUGGUAUUCCCUCCACUACAUUAUGGCAAAGGGCACACAGAUUAGGAAUAGACACACCAAAAAAAGAGGGGCCCACAAAAUCAUGGACAGAAGAAAAUCUCAACAACGCACUUGAAGCUUUGCGUACUGGUACAAUAUCGGCUAAUAAGGCUAGUAAAGCAUAUGGUAUUCCCAGUAGCACAUUGUAUAAAAUAGCGAGAAGAGAAGGAAUAAGACUGGCAGCACCAUUCAAUGCAGCACCAACAACGUGGACGCCUGAAGAUUUAGAGAAAGCUUUAGAAUCAAUCAGAACCGGCCAAACCUCAGUACAAAAAGCCUCUACAGAAUUUGGUAUACCUACAGGUACUCUUUAUGGAAGAUGCAAGAGGGAGGGAAUCGAGUUAUCAAGGUCGAACCCGACACCAUGGUCCGAGGAUGCCAUGGGAGAAGCACUGGAAGCUGUUAGGUUAGGGCAUAUGUCAAUCAAUCAAGCAGCUAUCCACUACAACCUGCCUUAUUCAUCUUUAUAUGGACGAUUCAAACGCGGAAUCAAGUAUGAUCCUGACAACGUUGACUUGAACCAAGACAGUCAGUUGCAAAUGGAUCAUUCGUUUGGAAUGGAAUAUGCUACCUCUCCUUCUCAAAUCCAAUACCAAAAUCAGAACAGCUGAGAUACGGCCUUCAACUUUGACUGCUUUUAAAUUUAGUUCAAUAGACAAUUCGAGAUUUUUUGAAGAGGAGUCAAAGUUUGAAGGUCAGUAUUUUUUAUGAAAUUUUCAUCACCAUACUAGGCUGUUGUGCUAAAAUCUUACUAAUGUAAAAAAUUCCUUAUUUUUAAUGAAAUUAGAUCAAAUUUAUGCCUUGUCCGAGGUUUUAUUACGAAAAGUGCAAUAUAUUACCAUAUUUAAUACUGUCUAGAAUAAUGUACAGAUUAAUUGUAUAUUGUACUAAUUUAUUUAGGAUAGAUUAUUCUUUGUAAAUAAUGAUUUCAUGAGUUGAUUUCAUGACACAUUA